UUUACGUUGUCGCAGGUCCCGAUACAAACGGAGCAACGUUCAAGUCGUUCGACGUAAUCCGGCGAGUAAACAUUCGCCGUAGUGUCGCCGCGCCGAGAGGAUGUUUACGCGCUGAGUACAUUUAGCGGAUGGUUCGCGUAAUCUACGAGCACACGAGCCGCGCUAUUGCGGGAGCGAGUGGGAAGCGAAACGUCACGUCAACUACGACGGAGUCGGAGCAUCCUCCAAGUUACCCAGAAAAAUCGGAGGGGACUCGUAGUACGCAUUUCCACGUCCCCAUUGACGGCGGGUGAUCGUCUCGUCGUCGUCGAUCGCGCGAGAAUGGCAGCGGAAUUGCGAUCGAGGGACACGAGGGAACAUUGCUGACAAGAAGAUUCUCUUAUAAUAAAUGUGGACAAAAAUAUUAUGUAUAGAAGUCACUUUUAAAUAAUUACCUUCAAAUAUGGAUGAUGAAGAAGGAACCUCAAGUUCUGGACCUAUGUCUUCAUUGAAUAGUUUAUUCUCGUUCACCAGUCCCGCUGUGAAAAAAUUACUUGGAUGGAAGCAAGGGGACGAAGAGGAGAAAUGGGCAGAGAAAGCAGUUGACUCGUUAGUGAAGAAAUUAAAGAAACGCAAAGGAGCAAUUGAGGAAUUGGAGCGAGCAUUGAGCUGCCCUGGUACACCAAGCAAAUGCGUAACCAUUCCUCGAAGUUUAGAUGGUAGACUCCAGGUUUCCCACCGUAAAGGCUUGCCACAUGUGAUAUACUGUAGAGUCUGGCGAUGGCCAGAUCUUCAGUCACAUCAUGAACUAAAACCAUUGGAGUUAUGUCAAUAUCCAUUCUCCGCUAAGCAGAAAGAAGUUUGUAUUAAUCCAUACCACUAUAAAAGAGUGGAAAGCCCAGUGCUGCCGCCGGUAUUGGUUCCUAGACACUCAGAAUAUGCUCCUGGCCACUCUUUGUUGCCUUUUCAACAACUGGCCGAUCCAAGCAUGCCGCACAAUGUUUCCUAUUCGUCUAGCGGCUUCAACGCCAGCUCUACAGGCGGCGUCAAUCCGACAUCGCCCAUGUCUUCUGUCGGUUCUGUGCCAAGCCCAGGAAGUACGACCUUGCCGAAUCCUCAGAGCCCGUAUGGUACUAAUGGAUUACCAGAAACGCCACCGCCGGCAUAUUCUCCGCCGGAAGACGGCUCGCAAACCGGACAAACCUCAUCGUCGGAUUCGGUUCCGAUGGACACUACCGCGCCCAUCGAAUCAGCUACACCUGUGUGUUAUCAAGAACCACCUUACUGGGCCUCGAUCGCUUACUACGAAUUAAAUUGCCGAGUAGGCGAGGUGUUUCACUGUCAAACGCAUUCGGUGGUUAUUGAUGGCUUUACUAACCCGAGCAACAACUCCGAUCGUUUCUGUCUUGGACAAUUGUCCAACGUAAAUCGAAAUUCCACAAUAGAAAACACAAGGCGACACAUAGGCAAAGGAGUGCAUUUGUACUACGUUGGGGGUGAAGUUUAUGCCGAAUGUCUCUCAGACUCGGCAAUAUUUGUACAAUCUAGAAACUGUAAUCACCAUCAUGGAUUUCAUCCCAGCACAGUUUGUAAAAUUCCACCGGGAUGUUCAUUAAAGAUAUUCAAUAAUCAGGAAUUUGCUCAGCUUCUUUCGCAAAGUGUAAAUCAUGGCUUUGAAGCUGUCUAUGAGCUAACAAAAAUGUGCACGAUUAGAAUGUCUUUUGUAAAGGGGUGGGGUGCUGAAUACCAUAGGCAAGAUGUUACAUCAACCCCAUGCUGGAUUGAAGCACACUUGCAUGGCCCUUUGCAAUGGUUGGACAAAGUGUUAACACAGAUGGGUCCACCCCAUAAUGCCAUAAGUUCAGUGUCAUAAAUAAUAUGCACGCUCUACAACAAAAUGUUUAUUACGAGAAAAGGACAAUUAGUCACAAUGCACUUUCAAGAGUCUAAGGAUAUUGGCCAGAAUAAUUGCCACAAGUGUGAAUUAUGGAGCCCACAUGUUUGACAACGGCUACAGCUGUAAGUUACUUUAUGUUAUACCAAUAUUAAAUUCAUGAAAAUAAGACGAUGAAAAUAAGAUAAUGAAAAUAAAAUAUGUAAUGUUUGAA